AUGCUUGCUGGCGGAGUUUAUAUGGAGGGUGGUUCGGGUCCACGAGUACGUGAGCUUUUUGCACUUGAAUGUGAGAAUGGGCCAUUCACCAGCUGUGGAAUUUACGUCUGGGGUGGUUCAGUGGUAUAUGUCGCACGACACCACAAAGCGAAACGACAAACGAAUCGCGAGUUUUAUGUCGUUCGCUUCCUGCCAGCCAGACUAAGCCGGACUAUGUACUUGUACCUUGUUUAUAUCCGGAGAUUGGCCAGUUUAUUGCGUCGAGAACAGGUUGGGUACUCGGAGGUCGCUCAGAAGGGCUCAGAGAAACGAAACGAACGGCUUCUCUUUCAUGUGAAUGGAAAGGCUUGGCCCACUUCUCGUCUUACAGAGAUCUUGGUGAAGGCCACUUCAAAAAUCUGGAACCAAGCUAUCAACGUCCGUUUGUAUCGCCAGCUUGCCAUCGCUAUUACAGAGAAGCACGUCCGUGAGGUACAUACCCCAUUCAAUAGGUACGAUGAUCUGAGCAGCGUCGCAGAUAGAAAUGCCGUUUUUGCGUGGCAAAGCGGACAUCGCCCAUUGCAACGGGAGACCACUUAUGGUCUUGACGGAGCCUAUCCGUUUCGACUCCAACCGGCACUCUUGCGUGCUUCUGAGUGGGCUUCAACUCGUUGGCAUGAUUUUCUGCACCAACCAAGCAAAAGAUGGUCGCUAUCUGGAAGCCAAAUGCCUAUAUCACUUCAAACAUCAAUGAAGCAGCGCAAGCGCAGUAUUGCAAAGACUUCGCAGGAUGCUCUGGCAUACCUAGAGGAGACGAAUUUAAAUAAGCGACGCAAGGUAGCGAGCAUAUCUGACUCUUUAGUGGAGCGAAAUCAAGAAGUUACUCUGGAGCUAGGACCGGAAUGCGAGAGUGAUGAGAGCUUCAGUUUGGCUAGUGACGGCUUCGGGGGUGUGAGCUCUCAACAUCUCCAGGCACGAAGCGAUUUGUGGAUAGAUAAGGUUCUCUGCGUGCUUCUUAAGCAUCAAGUCCUUAUAUGUCUUCUUUGCAGGGCUGCUGUCAAACCAGAUGGGGGCAUAGUAAGCCAUUUCCGGAGGGCCCACCAAUUCAAAGGUGUCGAACUCCAACAAAUCACGGCUUUCUGCGCCGGAAGGUCAUUUCAAGAUCCAUUCACGGUGCCACUGCCAAAGAAUGGGAGCAAACUUAUCCCAGAGCUUCCAAAAUGGAGGGCCUGCAGCUGCAAACACUGCAACUAUAUAACAAUAAAUCGCCAAAAUAUGUCAACUCACCUUACAAAACUUAAGCACCCAACUCAAGCGGAUGGCAAGCCGGAUUGGGUAUAUGUUGUCGUUCAAAUGUUCUCGAGGGUUAGGUAUAUACGAUUUCGGACUGUUGAAGAAUGA